AGUUCCUCAAAGAGAAAAACCCAGUCUGUGUUAAGUGCCGAGUCAGUCCUGACUUCUGAGAGAGCUGGCACCAUGUCUGACGGAGAGCGUUUCACGCCCAGCGCUCCGAGUGAUCACCCAGCGUGCCACAGAGCGGCUAAAUCACACGAGGACCCUCAGGCUGUGGAAAACUUCAGGAGGAAACUGAAGUACUUCUUCAUGAGUCCAUGCCAGAAGUACAGAGCCAGGGGUCGUAAGCCGUGGAAAAUGAUGCUGCAGAUACUCAAAAUUGCCAUUAUCACCUUCCAGUUAGUUUCUUUUGGAUUGAGCAACGAGAUGAUGGUCACCUUCAAAGAGGAAAAUAUCGUCGCCUUCAAACAUUUAUUCCUGAAAAAUUACCAGGAGAGAAAUAAAGAUUACGCCUUGUACACAAGAGAUGAGGUUCACGACCACAUCCUCUACAUAAUCAAUAGGUAUCUACAUCUACAGAACCUGACGGUUGAUAACCACGCGUUCGAGAGGACCGACGGCGUGCUCACUCCUCUGUCCAUCUGCCAAGAUUUAUAUCAACACGCCAACGUUUUACCAGCCAACGAGACUUUUGACAUCGAUCCGCAUGUAGAGACAGAAUGCGUUUCUAUUUACCCCAUUUCACUCUACAAGGAGGGCGAUUUGGAAAAAGACAUGAACAUCACUUUAGAUUUUCAAAGGUUGUUAGCAGUGAACAUCUAUCUCAAAGUCAAGGCUAUCAACCUUCAAACGGUGCGUCAUAAGGAGUUACCGGACUGCUAUGACUUUUCCAUUAACAUCAAGUUUGACAACCGUGCACACAGCGGACAGAUCAAGAUAUCUCUAAGCAGUGAUGUUCAGAUAAAAGUCUGCAAGGACUGGAAUGUUUCUGGCUCCACAGACCUUCACUAUCAGCUCAUCGUUCUGUUCGACUGCGUGGUGAUCUGCUCCUGUUUGCUCUCGCUCAUCCUCUGCACGCGCUCCGUCUACAACGGCGUGCUCCUGCUGCUCGAGUACAUCAGGUUUGCCUCCAAUAACCACAGAAGAAGAGUUGGCUGGUCUGAGAGAGCGGAGUUCAUCAACGGCUGGUACAUUCUCAUCGUCGCCAGCGACACGCUGACCAUCGCAGGAUCGGUUCUCAAAAUAUGCAUUCAGAGCAAGGAACUGACAAAUUACGACGUGUGCAGUAUUUUACUGGGCAUAGCAACCAUGCUGGCGUGGAUUGGAGUGAUGCGCUACCUGAGUUUCUUUCAGAAAUAUUACAUACUCAUCCUCACCCUGCAGGCCGCGCUUCCCAACGUCCUCCGAUUCUCCUUCUGCGCCGUCAUGAUCUUUCUUAGCUACUGCUUCUGCGGAUGGAUCGUUUUGGGGCCGCACAAUGACAACUUUCGGUCCUUCAACAUGGUCGCUAACUGCCUGUUCUCCAUGAUCAACGGGGACGAGAUCUACUCAACCUUCACCAAGAUCCGAGGCAAGAGCGAUCUGGUGUGGAUGUUCAGCAGGAUGUAUAUCUACAGCUUCGUGCCUCUCUUCACGUUCAUGAUCACGAGCCUCUUCAUCGCCUUAUUCACAGACACCUAUGAAACCAUCAAGAAAUAUCAGGAGCACGGAGCGCCGCCAUCAGAGCUGCAGGCUUUCAUAGACGCAUGCAAGGACCCCCCGAGCUCUGGGAAGUACGUGGUAGACGACGAAUCCUCCACCUUCUGGUGUCUGUGUGCUCCUUGUGUCAAUUGCACCUGAAACUGAUGAGAAAAAGCAUUGCUGCGGACCGUUGGCCCUCGAAAUGGUCGCAGGCCUUUCAGGAUCACUGAGAGCACUAAGAAAAGUUCAAUACCAGUAAUAAGAAAUGCAUAUUUUAAAGGGAGGAGAACAAUCUUGCCACAUGAUGUGUUGAACUGCACUCAUUACAUGUAGCUAAUGAAUUAAAAAGCCAAAAACUGCUCUAAUGAAGGCUAAUGUAGCAUCUUUAAGUAGCAUUACUUAUGCAUUAUUAUAUAAUUGAUAAUAUUGUUCCCUAGGCAAAAUCAAAUCAUAUAACAUGUUAUAGCAAAUUAUAAUACAUAUACAGUUAUGAAUCAUUUCUGAUAAAUCAAGCUACGAAAUAAAAUGCGUUGCGCAGCUAAAAAGUGUAGCAUAAAAGUAGCGGUUUGACUUUUUAUUGAGAAUACGGAUCGAACGCAAUUGCUUCUGUUCGUGUGGUUUCUGCAAACAGUCGUAAAUGUUGUCAAUAAACUGAUAAAACACAAA